AUGGAUUCUGUGAAUCCAAUGGAGGCACCUUCUUCUAAAGGGCACAAAUGCAUUUGCACCACUGCUAGGCUCCAGCGACCAAGGCUCUUCGUCGUCUUCGAUCAGGCUCAGCACCACCACCGUCGUCUUCGACCAAGGCUCAGCACCACCACCACCGUCUUCGACCAAGGACUCUUCGUCGUCUUCAACCAAGGACUCAGCACCACCACCGCCACAACUCCAGCGAUUAGGCUCCAGUCCAAGGAUCUUCGACUGUAA